AAGUACAUGGACCAGCUGCACCAGGAGAUGUUCACCUCUACGCAGCAGCCGACGAUGGAGACAGAUGCUGAUUUGUUGACGGGGACCAACAUCAGAACCACACAGUUGCAGCAAGCACGGGCGCAACAGGCAAAGAAUGCUCACGUCAAGAAGAAAAGGCAAUCCAGACCAAGACGAGAACACGUGGAACCCAUCCAGGUUAGUCACACUGACUGGCUCAAAGGUGGAGCAAUGCAGAAGGGUGAACCAGGAUACCGAACGUCUAAUGGCUUGUCACUUCCUUUUGCUGGACAAGCAGGCAAGGACCCCUCACAGCUCAAUGUUGACAGCAACCCUCUUCUGCAGUACACAGCCUGGGACACAUCGAGUGGGGAUGAUGGAUCGGAUCUUGAGGAUGCUUUCGAGCUUCGAGGAUCACCCUCUUCUCAACAUGAAGAGAAAGAGCCAGAGGUGACCAAAGUCAAGGCUGAAAAGUCGGACAAGACAUGGUUUGAAGAAAGUAAGGAAAUGUAUGACAAUGGUGAUGUGGACACAAAGAUUACUUGUGGCAUGGGGAUGGAUGUGGAGACUGAGAGCAUCGAGGCCAAGCAACAGAGCAGGGCUCCUUUCUAUAGGCCGCUGGAACCCGACUUUGAGUUGAGACGACUCAUGGCAGCCAUGCCUGAGAAGUACAAGCAGUGUAAGAUACGGUUUGAGUCAUCUCACAAGGCUGUGUGUAAAGUGUUGUCAGGAGGGGAAACCUACAAUGAUAUUGAGAUUCACGGGAGGUCCAAGUUUGGCCAGACGUUCAAUAAUGAUGAGGUUUGUGUGGAGGUUCUGUCAGAGCCUCACUCCCAUCCUGCGUCUGGUCAUGUGACUGAGGAAGAUGACAAGGCGUAUGGACGUGUUGUUGGUGUCCUUAAAAGCAACUUCAGGGAAGAGAGCCAUACAGUCAUGGCCUGUACGUGUGAUGAUGAUGAAGGGUUUCUCAUGCAUCCCCUUUGCAAAACUGUGCCAAAGAUUCAUGCCUUGAAUGGUGUUACAAAGAAGAAAUACCCUUCCUUGUCCAAAUACAGGAUUGAUACAUAUGAAAUCAAUGAGAGUGGACUCCGAUACAAGAAAUAUUUUGAUGUGAAACCAGGACUUAGAGGAAGGUAUGUGUUCCUGGUCGUCUAUCUCACCUGGGGCAUCCACUAUGUGUACCCUCUUGGAGCAGUGGUAGACAUCAUUGAGUGUGGCACCGACUUCAAUGGAGGUCUCAAGAUCCUGGAAAUGCAAUAUCAGGUUCCAACCUACUUUUCUCAAGACACAGUUGCUCAUAUUGGUAAAAUUCUGAAGAAGAGAGACACUGUUCUUGCUGACGGCAGAGUUGACUGCACAGGGCUUGAAGUUUUCACAAUAGAUUCUGCAUAUUCAAAAGAUUUAGAUGAUGCUUUGAGUAUCUCUGCCAAGGAUGACCACUAUCUGAUUGGAGUCCACAUUGCUGACGUGGCCUCAGUGGUGAAGAAAGGGGACCCUGUUGACAGUGAGGCACAGAAGAGAGCCACAAGCUUCUAUCCAUGCGAGUCCAGGACUCACAACAUGUUGCCUGAACCAUUGAGUGAGGGCAUGUGUAGUCUGCUACCAAAUGAAGAAAGACUUGCAUUGUCCAUUUUCUUUCACAUUGAAAAAUCAGGAAAGCUUGUAAAGGAACCAACAGUCAUGAAAACAAAGAUUAAAUCUUCCUGCAAGUUGUCAUAUGAAGAUGCUCAGAAAGUUAUUGAAAAUGAGGAAGUGGAUCAUGUUUCACAAACUCUGAAAGACAAUAUCAAACUGCUUCAUGAAAUUGCCCAGAACUUGAGAAAGGACAGACUUAAAGAUUCUAGGUUUGCUGUUCCAUUUGAAGAUCCAAGAUUUAUUGAGACUGAAAUCAUAGAGCAGAAUAUUGAAGCCCAUGCACUCAUUGAAGAGUUCAUGAUCAAAGCCAAUACAUCCAUUGCUCAGUGGUUGAGAAAGAAGUUCCCAAAUUCCAUCCCCAUCAGAUGUCAGUCUCCACCAUCUAUUGAGGAUAUCCAAAAAUUUGUCCAGAAUGAGGAUAAGUUCCUGGACCUUGUUGUGAACCUGCAGGGACGAGAAGUCUUACCUGGCAGGACGGUGGCAUCAGGAAACUGGGUAGCCAAGGGCAACACAGUGAGAAAAGAGCCUUUGCCAGUCCAGAAGAACAUCUGGCUUCAGAUUCUUGAUGGGGUUCAUGAUGAAACCCUGACUAAAGCUGUAAGGAAUAUGUGCAAAGAUGAGGUCCACCCUUUCCAAACAAUUGCUCUUCAACACUGGCGACAUAUGGAAUCUGCAGAAUACAAAUGUUCAAUGCUCUCUGAAAAAGAGCUGGAUCACUUCUCUCUGAAUACAAAGAUAUAUACACAUUUCACAUCCCCUAUCCGGAGAUAUGUGGACCUUAUUGUACACAGACUGGUGCAUGCAGCUCUUGAUGGGAAAUCCUGUCCCUACUCAUCAUCAGAAAUAGCUGACAUUUGUGCCUAUAUCAAUGAUGCCACUUCCAGACAGAAACACUUCAGCAAUGGGUGCCAGGCUUUGAAGAGAGCUGCAAAGAUUUCGCAGAGGCCAAUGGUAUUUAAUGCUGUGGUGGACAAGGUCUCGGACAGUGGAGCAGAGCUCUGUAUCCCCUCUUUGAAGCAUUUGUCCAGCAGAAGCAAGGAAUUACCCUUCAACUUGAUGGACUUCAGUAAGAAACCAGAGGAGAAACAAGAUCCUUGGUCAACAAAGACAAUCGUUACAGGAAAAUGGAAGAAAAGGCUGUAUGACUGUACUGGAUGUCCAAGCCAGCUGAUGUAUUCAAAGAUGCUGGAAAAGCAGCAAGGAUUCAAACAGAAGCAACGGCCAAAACAAGUCGUGUCUAUUGUGAAUCCUAAUCAGCAUGUGUACUUUGUGGACACACAGACCUGGGCAAAGAUGUUGAAUGCAUUGUUCAGCCAGGACCACAAAGCAUUGAAGAAAAUGGUCAACAGUCAACCCAGAGAAGGACAAGAUUUGCCCACUGGAGCACCAGUGAGGGACAUGGUCACCUCAGAGCAUGGAGAUGGUUCCAUCAAGUUCCACCACUGCAAGUUUACUCUCUGCUUUACACCCGGACGUGUCAUCAAAGUUCAGAUGGUUGCUAAUCCAGAGAAGGGUUUACUCACUCCACAAGUGAGAUUGUUUCAGGUUUGCAAGAACCUCAGUCUGUGUCUCAGUCACAUGGAAGAUCCAGUUGGUGUGUUGAGUAAGUAUGCUACAGAAUCGACCAAAAAGAACAUUGAGUCAAUAUCUGAGUAUCAGAGAACAUGGCUGCCUCUUCUGGAAAUGGAAUCUGCGACAUCUGCAGUUCGUAGUGAAGAGAACAUCAUCAUCAACAAUGUCAACAUCGAAUUCAAACGCAACCAAGGUAAAACAAAAACCUUCUACAAAGGGACAUUCACUUUUCCAUCUAGUUUUGUGCAUGAAAGGUGCAUUGAGUUUGGAGGCAAACCUUUGGAGAAGUUGAAAGAAGAGGGAGACGACGAUGAUGAUGAAAGGGACAACUUUGGGCGAAGGGAGUUCUCCUCAAUUGACUAUCUCUGCAUACGAAUCAAGAUUGACCAAAAUAGACCUGAGUCACGGGAAACCUAUGAUGAGGAGAUCUCAAACAAGGUCAUUGAAGUCCCUUGCCCACUGACAAAAGAAGGAAGGCAAACGAAAUCCUCAAAGAGGAGUAAGUCAUCAGAAAGGAGGAGGUCUAGGAGGAAAGCAGAGGCUGUUGAGUGUGCCUUGAAGAAGAGGAAGGUGUCUGAAGGAUGUGGAGCUGAUGUCUGUUCACAGGCAGACACCUACACGUGGGUCGGUCAUGCUCAGAUCAUGAAAGUGAGGAGAAAGAAAGACAAGGACAUGGAAUCAGAUUAUGUGACGGUCACAUUCAGCUUAAAUGCCAACAGUGGUCCUGUGCCAGACGAACUCUAUCCCAAGAGUACAGGCACUGUAGAGGUCAUCUUCAAGUCAGAAGUUGACAGACGUACAAUGAGAAUGAUACAAAGCUUGAGUGGAGACAAGUUAGAUUUAGCAAGCUGUGUUGCAUUGCACAGGAGGCCUCCUAAACUGGACAAGGACAGACUGGACUAUGGCAAGAAGAUGGAGAAAGAGGUCCCAGUCCAGGGUCUGCCUCUCAAUAACACCAAGCAGCACGAGGCCAUAGACCGGGCCCUCAGUUCCAGCUUCACCCUCAUCCAGGGGCCACCAGGUACAGGUAAGACAUACACUGGGAUCAAGCUGGUGUACCUCUUCAACAAGAUCAACAAGUUCCUUCACCUGGAGGGUGUAGACGACCAGAAGAAACAGGUGCUUUUCUGUGGGCCGUCCAACAAAGCUGUGGAUCUUGUAGCAUUUCUGCUGUUAUGUCGACUUGGAGAUGCUUGUCCCAACAUCAUCCGCCUCUACGGCAGCAACAUCGUGGCUCAGGACUACCCUGUGCCCAAACGCAACUUCAUGUCCAAGAGGAGCAUGCGAGGCCUGCGAUCUGACCCCAGACUCUUCGAUGUGUCUCUCCACCACAUGAUACGACAGUCAGGCAAACCUCAUGCCGAGGAAAUAAGGAUGUAUGAUGUAUUGUUCAAGACCAAUCCAGAAGCCGUCACUCCGGGCCACAUCAAGAAGUAUGGGAAGCUGGUGUACAUGGCCUCAUGUGAAGAACUCAAGAAGUGCGAUGUGAUCCUCUGUACCUGCCCAGUCGGUGGGAAUAGGAAGGUGGUCCAGUCAACACGCAUCUUCCAGCUCAUCAUCGAUGAGAGUGCCAUGAGUCCAGAACCACAAAGCAUGAUUCCUAUCAUUGCCACCAAGGCCAAGCAGGUUGUCCUGAUAGGAGAUCACAAGCAGCUGCGGCCAAUUGUUCAGUGCAAGCAGGCUGCAGAAUUGGGGCUGGAUCAGUCGCUGUUUGAGAGGUUUGCUACUGAGGCUACAUUCCUCAACACUCAGUACAGGAUGCACCCUCGCCUCUGUGACUUCCCAUCAGAAGAGUUCUACGAUGGUAAACUUACCACAGGUCCAUCUUGGACAUGGAAGUGUGAGCCCCUGGCCGUGUGGCCGGUGCCGGAGGUUCCCCAUGUCCUGUGCCAUGUGGAGGGGGUGGAGGACAGCCUCAGUGUGUCCACAGAGGAGGGCAAUGAACAGUCCAAGUCCAACAAGGCAGAGGUGGACAAAGUGGUUGAGGUGUUCAGCUGGCUGGUUCAGAAGGGUGGAAUCUCCCCUCGCUACAUCAACAUCAUGUCGCAGUACAACGCCCAGUGUACCAAGAUACGCGAGGCUCUGUCCAAGUACCACCAUCAGAGUCUCAACGUCAACACUGUUGUGGCCAGCCAAGGAGGCGAGUGGCACUACGUGAUCUUCAGCACGGUACGCUCUCUGCCCCAUUACAAGAUAGAGAAGAACCCUACACUGGGCUGGAGCAAACACAACCUCGGCUUCAUCACUGAUGCCAACCAGGUUAACGUGGCGCUCACCAGAUCUCGUAGAGGACUCAUCAUCAUUGGUAAUGAGAACUUGCUGCGAAGUGACAAGAUCUUCAAGAGACUGAUCGAGAAGUACGAGAAACAGGGAUGUCUGGUAGAUGGCAGCGACUUUCCGCGGAGAUACCGGCGAGAUCAUCAAAGACGACGACCUCCGGUUCCAGGAUUGGAGUGGAAAACAGCUUAAGUGCUGCACUUGCUGAAGCAACUGAACAUUCAAACAGUCCUGUUGUAAAAUGAAUAAGAAUUCAUUUCAUGGCUGUGUUGUGAAUCUGCUAUCAAUGACUGAACAUUUUUGUCUUAGUGUAUUCAACAUUUUAGUGCUAUUUGUUUUAUUUCUAUUACCGUUACAAACAUCUGCAUGCACUGUUAUUGUGUUUUAAAUAUCUAGUGAAUGUCAAGUGAUUUGAAUAUCAUCUGACAGUUUUGGGUCCAAAAUGCAAUUUGUAAAAUAUAUAUUUUACUUAUUUUAAUUUUUAUUAUUGUUGUGUAAAUAUGUACAUUUGUGAGUAAACUUUGAUGUAUUGUAGAAGCCUGCCCCAUUUGCCUAUUUAGAGAACAUGGUAGACACAUGUAUGUCAGGUAUCUUGGCAACCAGAAUAGAACACAAACACACACACGCACAAACACACACACACGCAGAUGGGUCAAUAAUCUACUGGCACAUUAUCAGACUUGUGCUAAAUAUUCCCUUAUUUUCUGUAGUAUUCCGAAGAAUGUUUCAAAGGCAUGACUGAUCAUUUAGACUGAAAUAUUUACGUCAGGAUCAUUGAUUGAGUUUUUUUUGUUAGACAUGUUGAAUCUUCAUAUGCAUUUGGGGCCAAUAUUUGUUGUAAAAUACUUCUUUAUAUAAAUAUACACAUGUAUGUAUUCCAACUUUUUGUAAACACCAUAACACCAUAAAGCCUUUGUAAUGAAAAUGGAUGUCACACCAUUUAUUAUUUGGUUGACAUGAUGAUGUAACUGUACAUAAUUUUGACAUAUGUUUCUUAUUGUACUGGAUCUUGCCAUCUGUUCUCAGUGGGUACUUGUUACGACUCUUGGCGUCCUUGUAAUAAGGGGUGUCACGAUACAGGUUCCCCAUGAUACGAUACGUAUCUCAAUACAGCAAUACCGACUUUAUAUGAGUAUAUUUAGAAGCAACCUUUUUAAUUACAUAUCACAUUCACAAUUAUGUGUUCUAACCACUAUCAGUUGAUUAUUUUGUAAAAUAAUAAUACUUAGAAAAGGUUGAUUCUGUUUAUUCAAACAAGUGUCAGAAACUAACAAAUUUUCGUAUGUGUCAAAUUUGGAAAAUAUGAUGAUAUUUCGAUUCGAAUAGAAAAAUCAAUCGAUACGCGAACAAAUGGAUACUGAUUUCAAUAAAAUUUUGUAUCAAUAUAUAUUUACAUGUAUCUCAUAUCGUAUCGUGAGAAUUAUCUACCAAUGCAUUGGUACAAUCGGUGAAUCGUGACAUCCCUACUUGUAAUCUCCCUUGAGAAAUGGUCAGCCCCUCAAGCAAGGCCACAUUUUAUAGUUUUCAUACACUGCUAUGAACAAUCUUGCACAAAGAUAUGUAUAUUCCUCCAGAGCCUUUUUAUAGUUUUGUACCGAAAUAUAUUCACUAUAUCUUUGUAGCAUCUCACUCAAAAUGUAAAUAUAUACACUGUACCAAGUGAUCAUCUCAAUCAUGACGUAAAGACAUUUUGUACCGAAUGAGCAUCCCUCGGGGUGGUGGGGUAGCCUUGUGGUUGACUUGACAUAUCAAACGUGUAGGUUCUAUUCCCACAAAGGUGGUUAAAGACCUGGUUUCGAUUCCCCACGUGGGUACAAUGUAUGAAGCCCAUUUCUGGUGUCCCCCGCCGUGAUAUUGCUGGAAUAUUGCAAAAACCAUACUCACUCACUCACUCUUGCCACAAAUAUAUAGAGUGUGAAGCAUUCAGUGUGUCCAUCACCAUGUAUGAUAAUGCUUUCACUGCAAGACAAAACUCAUUCUUUGUUCUAAUCCAUGACAAAAUGAUAAAAAAAAAUGUCCCUUUUUGUAAAAUAUCCAAUGACAAAGUCUUUUCGCAGUACAGAUACCAUUCUUUCCUCCUGGCAUCCCAAUAAAAAGAAUGACAAAAAAAACAAUUUUGUUUGUAGGCAUUGCAUUAUGUGUCCAGUGUGAAACCGAGAUUGGGUUUCAAUAUGGGUAAUUGCUGUGUUGCACUGGAUGAGCUUGAAGAUAGCAAAUGUUUGUGUGACCAGAUUCUAAACUACCACAACUAAUUUGGAGCAAGAAACAUGUCAGUGAAGCAUAUGUAUGCCAUUGUGUGUGAUGUAAAUGUCUUAUAAGAUCAACUUCUAUAUUUUAAAAAGUGCUGGUCUUAACAUGAAUUUUUAUGAUUAUGUUUUUGUUUUACUAUAAUAUCAACAGGCCAUAACUGUGAUAUCGAUCUUCAUUGCAUGUGAGCCUUAUGUAGUCCAGUCUGGUAAAAGGUCUUUUACAUGUGUCAUACAUACCGUAUUUGACGUAAUAAGCGCCCAGGGCGCUCUCAAAAUUAGAAAUAGGGGGCUCUUAUAGAAUAUAAUUUUGAUGAAAAAAACCAGAGUUUAAAGAUAAAUUUCGUGGUUUAUGCUGACAGUCUGAAAUGUUUAUAUGCGACAGAUAUAUGUUUCAAGAAUUUGGAACACACGAAUGCGUAUUAUACAAGAAUAAAUAAGUCUUGUGUACAUUGAUCAAUCGGAAGGGGUGCUAAUUUGGAUUGUUCACUAGCCAAUAUAUUAGCAAAUAUCGCCAUGGGCGCUUAUUAGAGCUGGACGCUUAUUACGUCGAAAACGGUAUUUAAUAAUAUUGAUACAUGCAGCUGAUGCACUUACAUCUGUUGUGGAGGCGCUGGGGUAGGAUGAUGGGUCAAGCAAUGCUCAUAUGGCCUGGGUCCGAGUUUGAUUCCCAUGGGUUUGAAGCUGAUUCUUGGUGUCCCGUGCUGGAAUUUGAUUGGAUUUUUGCUAAAAGCAACAUAAAAUAAUCACUAUUUCUGUAGUGCCAUGUUUGUUUGUAUUCUUCGGAUGUGCCAAUAAUGUUUGUGUGCUUUGUCAACUUGCAUGUCUUUCACAGUGUAUUAUAUUAGAUGUGUCUCACUGAGUUUAUCAUGUGCAACAUGUAUAUGUAUAUAUUUUCAUUUAUAUUUUAACUAUGUUGAUGUUGGACCCUGAACUCUGUCCCUAAACUCAGAAUCUUAUGAUGACAUUACUUACUUUGUUAAACAAGGAUUGUACGAAAACACGUGUUCUGUUCUUUUGAACGACUCUAUUAAAUUGCCAAAAUGAGUUCCUAUUAGUAUGUAGAAUCUUACUUCCAUAUCUUCAUUGGGAGUAUGGGAAAUGUUUCAGUAGAAAUUUAUUUUAUUGUUAUUUGUUGUGUCGAAUAUCAAUAUUCCUUCAAUUGUGUUUAAUGUGUUGACAUUGAAAAUUGACUCACAUCUUCAUUAAUGUCUAAAGAAUCUUUGUAUUGGGGAUAUUACAUCAAACGACUUGCCUGCCUCUACUCAAAAUAUCUAAAAUCUAAAAUAUCUAAAAUAUUAUAAGGAUGGAUGCACGUGGGUUUCUUAUUUGAGAUAUUGUUCACUUACUGUUAUUAGUAUUAUUAACUGAAUCUUUUCACUAGUUACAGUUUUACCCUCAUCAUAUUCACUCAUUGUUUUUUUUAUCAUUGUGAUGUUGUUUAGGAACAUAAACUUACUGUUAUUAGUAUUAAACUUAUUAACCAAUUUGCCAUCUUUUCACUAUUACAUUUUAACCUUCGUCAUACUCAAGUUAUGCAACCAUAUCAUAAUGUAAUAUGACAAAAACUGUGAUUUUUCGAUUCUCCAUUUUGUUAAUCCUAUCACUACUGAAAGGUAUGUUUGAAUCUUGUUCCUACAUUAGGUAGUGUUAAAUGUCUGAGGCCUGCAUCACAUCAGGCUUCCCUCCCACAUCAAGCUGACCUGCUGUGAUAUAACUGGAAUACUGUUCAAAGUGGCGUCAGCCCAAACUCACUCACUCUGUAUCAAGCUCAGCUCCAUAAAAACUAGAUUCUAUGUUUAUUUCUUAAAAAGGAGAAGGAAUUCUUCGCUAAUUGUAUUUCUUGUUUUAUCCUGUUUCAGAAUUUGCCCAAAAAAUUAAAUUUGAUGCAAAAUAUUUAUUCAUACUUAAAUCGGUCCCUCAGUUGUCAUUACAUGUAUAACAAAUCUGAAUUCCUUCCAUCAUCAACCAUGUCUGACAGGGAUGUUUCAUGAAAAUGCAUCAUAGACAUUGUAAACUUAAAUAUCUAAUUGGACCAAAAAUCUUUUGACAUUUCAAAUUAUAUUUCUCCAACAAUAAAACAUUCUCCAUGUCACCCAUGUGAUAAUGGACACGAACAAUCAGAGAAGGGCUGAAGUGUUGUGAAUCUUUUGUCCAGAUACAGUUAAUCAUCCAAUACAUUCCAUUAUACACAUCAUGUAUAUCCCCUGUCAUCGUCCACCGACAGCAUUGUCCACGUUUGAACCCGUCCAUUUAUAUUUUGUACAAAAGACUCAUGUAGUAUUGCAUACAUGCACAUCUUCUCUGGGGAUAUACAGCAUCAUCCUCUUAUAUGAUUAAUAAUUAUUGUUAUAUGUAGAUGAGGUAACAGGUUUACUUCAACUAACAAAUAUUUUUAUUUUUUAAAUUUUUUAUUACUCUUUUGUUAGAGCUACAUAAUUAUCACUGUGAAAACAAUUAGCAGUUAGCAAGGCUGUGUGUGGUCACAUGUAGGUGACAUGGCAGCUGUUAUAUGAAGUGAGAAUUCAUCCUUGCACCUUCAUAUAUACUAACUGGUAAUAAACAUUUAUAUAUCACUACAGUCGUUGACAGUAACUUUAAGAUGCAAACAUCUUUUACUCUACUUUUGUUUGGAGGAACUCUACUCUUUCCACUGUUUGGUUAACAAAUUUGUUAUUGAAUUGUUUGUGUAUUUAUACAAAUGUAUUUCCGUUUAUUUUAGAGUUUUUUCCUUCAUUUAGCACCUUGAUGUGAAUCAUCUUUGCUGUAAUAUCAAGUAAAGAAACAACCUUUUGUGCCAUGCUUUGACUACUCAGUUGUCGAUGCUUUCACAGAAAAGUAUUCGGUAAAUCAACAGUUAAUUUUAUUUUAUGACUUUAAAACGGUGACCUUUGAAUCUUAUAAUUUAAUGAGACGUAAAUUUAUAUGUGUCAUAAUUAUUCUUAUAUAUGUUUAUAUAUGUUUGUCAGUUUCCACAAAGGGAAAUAAAGUGGUUUUUUUAUC